AUGCGGGUCCUGGCACCCCUCAUCCUCUUUCUGGGCCUCUGGGCAGGGCUCAGCACUGCUACCAUCCCAGCGGAGGAGGAGAAGCCAUCCUUCUGGAACAAGCAGGCAGCUGCAGCCAUCGAGGCCGCCUUCAAGAUGCAGCCCAGAAUAAGCCAAGCCAAAAACCUCAUCCUCUUCCUCGGGGACGGAUUCGGGAUCCCCACCAUCACGGCCACCCGCAUCCUAAAGGGGCAGGAGCAGGGGAAGCUGGGCCCCGAGACCCCCCUCGCCCUGGAUGCUUUCCCUUACGUGGCUCUCUCCAAGACGUACAACGUGGACCGGCAGGUCCCCGACAGCGCGGGGACAGCCACAGCCUACCUCUGCGGCGUGAAGGGCAACUACCAGACGGUGGGGCUGAGCGCAGCCGCCCGCUUCUCGCAGUGCAACACCACGGCAGGCAACGAAGUCAUCUCAGUGCUGGAGCGAGCCCGCAAAGCUGGGAAGGCAGUGGGCAUCGUGACGACAACACGGGUGCAGCACGCAUCGCCCUCGGGGACCUACGCCCACGUUGUGAACCGCAACUGGUACGCGGAUGCCAGCAUGCCCACAGAAGCCGAACUCCAGGGCUGCAAGGACAUCGCCUGGCAGCUGGUCCACAACGUCGACAUCAAUGUGAUCUUGGGGGGUGGUCGGAAAUACAUGACCCCCGUGGGGACACCAGACCCCGAGUAUCCCACCUACACCACAGAGAAUGGGAUACGCAAGGAUAGGAAAAACCUCAUCAACCUGUGGCUGGAGGCACGGCCGGGCGCCCGCUAUGUCUGGAACAGGACGGAGAUGCUGGCUGCCGCUGCUGACCCCAGCGUGAAUUAUUUGAUGGGUCUCUUUGAACCGGCGGACAUGAAGUACAACCUGCUGCGUAACACCACCACGGACCCAUCGCUCACCGAGAUGACGGAGGCGGCCAUCACCAUCCUGAGCAAGAACCCCAACGGCUUCUACCUCUUUGUGGAAGGCGGCAGAAUCGACCACGGCCACCAUGACGGUGCAGCCCAUAAGGCGCUGACGGAGGCGGUGGAAUUCGACCAGGCCAUCGAGCGGGCAGGCGUGCUGACAGACGAGGCACAGACCCUCACUGUCGUCACCGCUGACCACUCGCACGUCUUCUCCUUUGGCGGCUACACCCUGCGCGGCUCCUCCAUCUUCGGUCUGGCCCCCAGCAAAGCCGCUGACGGCAAGACCUACACAUCCAUCCUCUAUGGGAACGGGCCGGGUUACCCGGCCACCAGCCGGCCCAAUGUGGACAAUCACACAGCCGAGCAGUACGACUACUUGCAGCAGGCAGCCGUGCCCCUCCCUUCGGAGACCCAUGGCGGCGAGGACGUGGCCAUCCUGGCCAAGGGCCCCAUGGCCCACCUCUUCCACGGGGUGCAGGAGCAGACCUACGUGGCCCACGCCAUGGCCUACGCUGCCUGCCUUGAGCCCUACACCGCCUGCCACCAGCGGGGCUCUGCCCCCAGUGCCCGCGCCACCCCCCUGGCCCUGCUCCUGCCCACUCUCCUCCUGCCCCUCUUCCACUGA